AAAUGUCCAUAAUGCGCAGUCGGUGGAUACGCUUGCGAACGGAAUUUGCGUAUUAAAAGAAAGGUGGAAGAAACAACGCGAAUUCGGUAAAUCGGUUUUGCGAGAAUCCGUCUUCUUCGCAAUCGCGGUCGCGUGACAUAAAGACUACGUGGCGAUGUAACUCUCGUUCACGUCCACGCUAUAAUUUCUCUCGUUUUUUUUCUCUCACAAGACGCCGAGACUCCGUAACCUCCUUGGUGCCGGGCGGGAAAAAUUCACCCGGAAACGAGGAGACAGCUGAGAGCAUCAUCCCUGGGAGAAGAGGCGAGCGAGAGAAAAUUCGAUCGUCGAGAGGAAGAGAGACAUCAGGAAUGAGUCCGCUGAAUCGGGGGCCUCCUUUGGGCACCAGAAAUUUGCCGGCCGGCGCGCGCCCGUUGCCGCCACCCAGGUUCGGAGGUCCGGGUAGACCUCCCAACAUGUCGCAGCGCGGCAUCUCGCUGCCGCCGCCUCCGCCUCCGAUGCGCCGGAUGAUAAUGCCGAUGGGCCCGAUGAUCGGGCCGGACGACCCCAGACGGCGGAGACCUCCACCUCUUCCGCAGCCGCCGAGGCAGGGCUCCGGUGGAGGCUGCAUGUCCCGGUUGAACAGCGUUCCUCCUCUGUUCCCGGGUGGACCCAGACCGCGCGCCCACCCUCGUCCUCUGGCGCCCAUCGCACCGCCCAUGAUGCCCCGAGGACCUCCCAUGCUCCAAGGACCUCUUAUGUCCUGGCCCCGGAGGAUUCCGCCGCCCAUGAGGCACCCGGUGAGGUACAACAUGGGCAACGGGAAUGUCAAGAGCAAACCCUCGCGAAAUGCGAAGAAGUUCAACAAUCGAGGGGAAUCAGACUUAAUAAAAAAGCCGUGGAUGACUGACGAAAUUCGUCACGAGAUACAAAAGAAAACUAGAUUGUAUCUUAGAGCAAAAAAGAUCAAAAAAAAUACAGUAGAGUGGCAAGAAUUUAGAGAUACACGAAACAAAGUAACCAGGAUGAUAAGAGAUGCAAAAAAUGAGUAUCUUGCAAAACAUCCUGAACAGGAUCAUCCAGAUGAGGAAGAGACACAAAAUCAGGAAGGUGAAAAUUGUGUGAGUCCCGAUGACGAAAGAUCUCACUAUUGCGAGGUGUGCGACAAAGAUUUUUCAUCCAAAGAUACUCUGCUUGAACAUCAAAGCACGCACAUGACUUGCGGUAUUGAUGGCUGCACGUUUUCGGCGCAUCCUUUGCUUGUUGAGAAACAUAUUAGUAUGCAGCAUCGUACCGGCUUGUACCAGAGGAUGAAAGAUUUAUCCGAGGACCUUGAAAAGUGGAUAAUGGAGCGGAAGAAGAGGUAUCCCACUAAAGUUAACAUAAACUUACGUAAGGCGGAAGAAUUAGAGAAGUUGCAAAGGGGAGAGAUAAUUAAGCGGAACUCUAAUGUAAAAAAUGUACACACGAGAAUGAAAAAGAUGGAAAAUAUGCGCCAGAAGAAACGUAAACCUCGCAAACGUUACGCAUAUGAAAAUAACAAUGACAUUCAAACAGAUACGUUAUACAGAGGUUUAUGUCCUUUUCCUGGAAUAAGUGUUUUAGAAGAUGAUGAUAAAGCGUGUUUAGAUGAACAAACAGAUCUGUGUGAAGAAAUUAUUGAUAUUUCAGAUGAGGAUGAUAUACCACAAACGUCUAUGACACUUGAAUCCACUAAUACACCUACGAUCAGUUUAUUAUCAAAUUUAGUAGCGGAUUAUGAAAGUGAAGACAAUGAUGAAGGUCCAGAAGAAGUGCCGGUGAAACGAAUAAAAAUAGAAGAGCUUCAAGAUAAAAUAAAAAAUACAGAUCAAGAAGAAAUUUCUGAUAUACAAAAAUGCGAAAACGAAAACGAUAAAUUAAAUAAUAAUAAACCCGGAAAAACUGUCGUUAAAUAUCAAGAUCAGCAAAAGCAUGAAAAACAUCAAAGAGUAAUCGAUAAUAAAAAUAAUAACUAUUUGUAUAGAUAUCAUGAUAAAUUAUUAGAAAAGUUACUUUCGCGUUCUAUACAACAUGAGAGAAAUUUAAUUUGUCAAUGUGUAAAAUAUAUUAUAGAAAAUAAUUUUUUUGAUUCAAACUAAUUUAA